CUGAGUUUUUCCAGAUAAGCCCAAGCAUGUCUCAGAGUCAGACCCUCCUUUGCUGGCCAUCUGGAGUGGCAUGUCGGUCAUACCAGGUUUUGAGACAAGGGAGCAAGCUGCAACACAGCAUUCGGAUUUCUACUACUGGCAGCGCCUUAGCACCGUGUGAGCAUAGCUCCAUCCCCGGCCCCACCAACUGGCCAGUGCUGGGGAGCCUGCUGGAGGUUAUCAGGAGAGGAGGGCUCCAAAAACAACACAAAACACUGGUCGAAUUUCACAAGAAAUUUGGGAAGAUUUUUAAGAUGAAAUUGGGGCCAUUUGAAUCCAUACACAUCGGUGCUCCGUGUCUCCUCGAAGCGCUUUACCGCAAAGAAAGCAAUUACCCGCAGCGUCUGGAGAUCAAACCGUGGAAGGCUUACCGAGACUAUAGAGACGAAGCGUAUGGACUGCUCAUACUGGAAGGAAAAGACUGGCAAAGGGUGAGGAGCAUAUUUCAAAAAAAGCUGAUGAAGCCAACAGAAGUGGUAAAACUGGAUGGAAAAAUCAACGGGGUUUUAGCAGAUUUCAUCGGCAGAAUGGAGAUGGUCCGUGACGAGGCAGGAAAGAUUAAUGAUUUCUACCAGGAACUGAACAAAUGGUCCUUUGAAACAAUUUGCUUGGUGUUAUAUGACAAAAGAUUUGGCCUGCUGGAACAAGAUGUAGUUGAAGAAUCUUUGAACUUCAUACAGGCAGUUAAAAUUAUGAUGAGUACAUUUGGUAAGAUGAUGGUGACUCCAGUUGCGCUCCAUAAAAGCUUUAAUACAAAGACAUGGAAAGACCACACAGAAGCUUGGGACAAUAUUUUCAAAACAGCAAAAUGCCACAUUGAUGGAAGAUUGCAUAGACACUCAGCCUGUCCGGCCAAUGACUUCCUCUCAGAAAUCUACAAUGGCAGUGAACUAUCGAGAAAAGAGCUGUAUGCUGCUAUCACUGAGCUUCAGAUUGGAGGAGUAGAAACGACUGCCAACAGUUUGCUUUGGGUCAUCUUUAAUCUGUCACGCAAUCCCAAGGCACAAGACAAGCUUAAUCAAGAAAUACAGCAUGUGCUGCCUAAAAACCAGGCCCCAACUGCAGGAGAUAUUAAGAAAAUGCCCUACCUGAAGGCUUGCCUGAAGGAAUCUAUGAGGAUUACUCCUUCCGUGCCCUUCACAAGUCGCACCCUGGAUGAAGAAACUGUUCUUGGUGACUAUUUGCUACCUAAAGGAACUAUUUUAAUGAUAAACAGUCAUGCAUUGGGGUGUAAUGAAGAAUAUUUUAAUGAGGGAAUGCAGUUCAAACCUGAGCGGUGGCUACAGGAUAAGCAUACAAUCAAUCCCUUUGCACAUGUGCCAUUUGGUGUUGGGAAAAGGAUGUGUAUAGGCCGGCGGCUGGCUGAGCUACAGUUGCAGUUGGCCCUCUGCUGGUUGGUUCCAAGGUACAAAAUAGUAGCUACCGACGAAGAUCCUGUGGAAACAUUGCAUUCUGGAACAUUGGUGCCUAAUCGUGAAAUCCCAGUUGCAUUCCAAAUACGUUAAGGAGCACUGUAAUUCUUCGAGAGCACAGCCCAGCCUACACCUUUGUUAACCUCAGCAUUUUACAAUCAGUCAAAAAGGCACCGCAAGGCCAAAAGAAUGUUGUGGGAAAGGAAAGAUUACAACACAUUCACUGACCCGCAAAGGAUUACAGCUUUUUCAACCCUAAGGCUGGUCUGAUAAGAAAUUGAGUAAUGUGGCAACUUAUUCUGUCAGACCUAUUCACUGAGCAAUGGCCCUUGCUAGUGAAUGAAAAACUAUAAAAACUAUAAUAUGUAACAUUUGAUGCUUAAUAUAUGUUUAAGGUUAGGAUAUAAGAUAUGAUUUGUUUUAAUGCCACUUUCCCAAAAUAUGUUACAAAUAACCAGAAGGAAUUCUGAUGCUCUGAAAAUGCUUGGCUGUUCCAGCGUUCUCCAAUAUGGAACUUCAGGAGCCAGAAAUAGGCUAGGACUUGCUAACGCUGCUUGGACUUCUUUCUAUUGUCACCUGGAGGCAGACAUCUACACACUAUGUAGAAAGUUGUCAGGGGAAGUUGGGAUUCUGAACACACAAGAGCUCCUGGGAAUUUUUCCAGAUUAAUAGGGAGAGAUUCACAGUAAAAUGUAGAAACUCGCCUUGGUGGUGAAAAAUUGAACGUUUCACAUUGGCUGCCUGUUAUCCACUCUGCCCAAUAUUCAGUUGCAUUGCAAUCAAUAGGCGGAAUUUAAUGGUCAUGGCAGUGGGUCCAUGCAAUGGCUGGAGGGCUGGUAGCAACCCCGCAGCAGCUAUUUUGGGAGCCCCAUUUGGAGUAAAUUCUCCGUUGGAUGCCAUUGGGGUUCGCGGCUCCACCAGGGACAAUUUCCUGUCAGGCUUCCUUGUGUGGGGUGGAUGUCCUGCUCCCAAGAGUGCCACCCUCCAUUACUGGCAGUGCCAUCGGAAGCAGUGGUCACUACUGGUACUGCAGUGGGGCCUACUAGAAGGAUUGUUGCUGGAGGCUCUGGACCAAGGUGAGUGGGGUGAGAUUGCCAGGGCAGUUAGGAUACCCUGGCAAGGAGGUAUGGGGGGGGUCGUUAUCAAGGGCGAGGGGUUGGCUUCCCAAGAGUCCCUCCAUCCAAUGGCAGGUCCCCCUGGUGGGGUCAGGAUGCCCAAGAAAGAGGGAUUCCCCCAUUAGACCACAGGCAUAACCACCAGGGUUUCCCUGGCGAUUUUUCCACAUGGCAUGAAUCCUGCCUGGUGCAGUGGGAUGAGGCCCUUAACUGGGCCUUCGGUGGCCACAUAAAGGGUUCAAUUGGCUUCCGGCUGGGAAGGCCAUCCUUGACACUUCCCACUCUGAACUUAAUCAAGGAGAGUUAGGAAGGCGACAGUCUCCACCAUCGCAUCUUCCUGCCACUUUACACGGCUUUCCUUUGCUUUUGCCUGCCUCCUGGGACCUUUAAAUUAAACUCUAUAGAAUGGAAUGUGAGAUGGGUGUGGAAUGGACACUCCAUGCAAUCUUUCCCAGGAUGAAUCUUGACCCCAUUUUCUCUGAUGCACCAAAAGAAGCAAGAUAUUUAAAGCAAAAAAUCUUACCAAAGAAAAUGGUACAAUUUAGAAUAUUAUUUCUCUGAAUUACUCCACACAUUCAUGCAACAAGUCAAGGCCUAUGCUUCAACCUUUCUAGUAUCAAAAACCGACAGUUAUUGAAGUCAAUAUGAGUCAAAAGUAACAAUGCACUCUUCAAUGGAGUUUGUUUUACUUACAGAAAACCUAACAGUUAAAAACUCAGGGUCUUUGCAAUGUAUUGGUCAACUCUAUAUAGCUGAAGAGAUUUUUAUUUUUUGAUUUGUAAAAGCCUUUCAAUUUGCUAUUAAACAAUACCAAGAUGCA